GGAAGGGGAGGCCACCAAAUCUGGGUUUCUGCGUGGAGGAGGAGGAGGAGGAGGAGGAGACUGCCUUGGGGGGCUGGCUUUCCCCACCCCCCUGGGCUUUAGGUAUUUUUGUGUGUGUGCAUUUGGCACAUUUUUGGCAUUGAUUUUUUUGUCUUUACCCCCCCCCCCAAACCGACCUCUCCUCCUUCUUGGAGAGGCGAGCGCGUAAUUGCGCAAGUGGCCGUGGACUCCGGAGUUGGCACCGUUUUGCCUCUCUCUCUCUCUUUCUCUCUCUCCCCACUGCCUAGGCUGGCCCCUAGGGGGGCUGGCUGGCUGGCUGGCUGACUGGCUGGCACAACCCACUACCAAGGAAAGUUUGAUCUGCAGCUCGGAACCCGUAGCGGAUGGUGGGACUCUCCAGCCCCGUUCAGUAUCGUACUGAGAAGCACUCCACAAUGCCAGACUCACCUGUGGAUGUGAAGACCCCAUCUAGACUGACUCCUCCCACCAUGCCACCUCCUCCAACAACGCAAGGAGCGCCAAGAACCAGUUCAUUCACACCAACAACGUUAACCAAUGGCACAAGCCAUUCACCCACAGCCUUGAAUGGCGCCCCUUCGCCGCCCAAUGGCUUUAGCAACGGGCCUUCCUCUUCUUCCUCCUCUUCUCUGGCUAACCAGCAGCUGCCCCCAGCCUGCGGUGCCAGGCAGCUCAGUAAGCUGAAGCGUUUCCUCACUACCCUGCAACAGUUUGGCAAUGACAUUUCACCAGAGAUAGGAGAGCGAGUUCGCACCCUCGUCCUGGGACUGGUGAACUCUACUUUGACAAUUGAAGAAUUUCAUUCCAAACUGCAAGAAGCUACUAACUUCCCACUGCGACCUUUUGUCAUCCCAUUUUUGAAGGCCAACCUGCCCCUGUUGCAGCGUGAGCUCCUCCACUGCGCCAGACUGGCCAAACAGAACCCUGCCCAGUACCUCGCCCAGCACGAACAGCUGCUUUUGGAUGCCAGCACCACCUCACCUGUUGACUCCUCAGAGCUGCUUCUCGACGUGAAUGAAAACGGGAAGAGGCGAACUCCAGACAGAACCAAAGAAAAUGGCUUUGACAGAGAGCCUUUGCACUCAGAGCAUCCAAGCAAGCGACCAUGCACUAUUAGCCCAGGCCAGCGGUACAGUCCAAAUAACGGCUUAUCCUACCAGCCCAAUGGUCUGCCUCACCCCACCCCACCUCCACCUCAGCAUUACCGUUUGGAUGAUAUGGCCAUUGCCCACCACUACAGGGACUCCUAUCGACACCCCAGCCACAGGGACCUCAGGGACAGAAACAGACCUCUGGGGUUGCAUGGCACACGUCAAGAAGAAAUGAUUGAUCACAGAUUGACAGACAGAGAAUGGGCAGAGGAAUGGAAACAUCUCGACCAUCUAUUAAACUGCAUAAUGGACAUGGUAGAAAAGACACGACGAUCUCUCACUGUUCUGAGGCGCUGCCAGGAAGCAGACAGAGAGGAGCUGAAUUACUGGAUCCGGCGGUACAGUGACGCAGAGGACUUGAAAAAGGGUGGCAGCAGUAGCAGCAGCCACUCCAGGCAGCAGAGUCCUGUCAACCCAGACCCAGUGGCAUUAGACGCUCAUCGGGAAUUCCUUCACAGGCCCGCUUCUGGAUAUGUGCCAGAGGAGAUCUGGAAGAAAGCUGAGGAGGCCGUCAAUGAGGUGAAACGCCAAGCAAUGACUGAGCUGCAGAAAGCGGUGUCUGAAGCCGAGCGGAAAGCCCAUGACAUGAUCACCACUGAGCGUGCCAAGAUGGAGCGCACGGUGGCUGAGGCCAAGCGACAGGCGGCUGAGGAUGCCCUCGCUGUCAUCAAUCAGCAGGAGGAUUCCAGCGAGAGUUGCUGGAACUGUGGCCGGAAAGCCAGCGAAACCUGCAGUGGCUGUAACACUGCCCGGUACUGUGGCUCCUUUUGUCAGCACAAAGACUGGGAAAAGCACCACCACAUCUGUGGCCAGACCCUGCAAGCCCAGCAGCAAGGGGACACGCCGGCGGUCAGCUCCUCGGUCACACCCAACAGUGGGGCUGGGAGCCCAAUGGACACACCACCAGCAGCCACACCACGAUCCACCACCCCAGGAACCCCAUCCACGAUAGAGACCACCCCACGUUAGACCUGAGCUCAGAACUGUUGGAGGACAAGACAGCACCCUCAGUGUGCACUGCACUCCUCUUCCUCAGAUGCUCCAACUUGUUGUUCUGUUUGUUUGUUUUCUAGAUCUGAACUCUCCUCUUUCAGUCCUUCAGCGAGAGAGGACCUAAACUGUAUCUUGAGGCGGUAGCAAAACAGUGGGCCAGUAACGGGUCGUGAUGACUUAUUUGUGGAUAACAAAGAUAUCUUUUUUUCCUUAGAGAACUGACAAAAGAGAACAGAGAAUUAUACCAUGAAAUGCUAGAUUUGACCUCCUCCCUGUUAUUUUCCAGUAGCUGGGAUUUUAAACUAGAUGACCUCAUUAACCGAUGCUUUACCAAACAGCAAACCAAGAGAUUGCUAAUUGCUGUUGAAAGCAAAAAAAAAAAAAAAAAUACAAAAAUGCUAAUAUCAAAAGUCACAAUGUUCUUUCUAUACAAUAAUGGAGAGAGAGAGAGAGAAAAAAAAAAAGGAAACACCCUCAAGGGCAUGAGCACUGGCUACAGCGAUGGUAGACAUUUUUAACAAGAAGAUGAAUUGCGUCCGUGGGUUGCAAACUGAACUUGGAAGACCCGCCACAAAACGCACAGAUGUGUAGCAUAUUGGAAAGAAACACAGAUGUUCGGUUUUUUUUUCCUGUUUCUGAAAAGAAAUAGUAUCCAGGUCAACAAAAUGAAAAAUGAAAGAUGAUUUGCAGUGGGAUGUAUGAAUACAGCAGCAAGAAAAAUUAUGCCAUAACACAAAAAGGCUCCUUUUUCUAUAUGUGUGUGUAUGUGUGUGUGGCCAUACACACACAUACACACAAACAUACACACACACAGAGAAGUAAGAGACUCAGCCUGCAGUUAAUUUGCAUUCUGGCAGCCUUGACACCAACCAGCUGCCCCCAAUAACCCUUCAACGUUUCUUCACUUUUGCAAGGUUUCACAGAGUAAGACAUUGGGUCUAUUCCAGCUCAUUCUUUUAUAUCGAAAAAUAAUUUUACAAAAAAAAAAUAAAUAAAUGGUGGCUCCAGCUCCGGCCCCCUUUCCAAAUUUUUUCAACCCCACCCUGUUUGGAUUUUUAAUUAAACACUAGUAGUUCUCUUGGUGUUAAAACACUCUGUCCUGUGAGGUUUCCCAAUGGUGUUUUUCUUGUAAAUGUGUUGGACAAAUGUGAAGAUGCAUUGUAGUUUAACCAUAUGCCCACAUUUAGUCUCCUUAUUCCUAGUAGGUGAGAAACCUGUAUCUUUCUAUGCUGCUUUUAUAUCUGUAUGUAUUAGUGAUAUUUCUCUAGUAGUUCAAAAAAGAAGAAAAAAGAAAAAGAAGAAAAAAAAAAGACUCUUUUGGUUGUCCUCAAGAAAAAGAAAAGAAAAAAAGGCUAUCUUUCGGAGCUGCUAUUUCACUCUUCUAGGAUUUUUUUUCCUGAAAACCAGCAUGCUUCACGGAAUGCUAACAUUGGUGUUUUUGUAAGAGGGAUGUACAUAAAUGUAUUUUGCACUGUCACAAAGACUCCCUAGGCAUGCUUUUAUUUUCUCCUUUUUUUUCCCCUUUUUUUGAGCAAACUUUUUUAAUAUGCUAGAGCCAUUUCACCAAGUUUAGCUGUAGCAUAGAGUAGCAGUGGAUUUUUCUUGCUUUCUUUUCUUUUGUUUUUCUUUUUUUUUUAAAUCAUUAUUAGGGACUUUUUUUUUUAAAAAAAAUGAAAUAACAAGAUAUCCUACUUUUAAAAAAAAGACAGUGCAUGCAUAUUGCUGUAAGGUUGUUUAAGUAUUUCUAAUUUUACAAAAGAAAAGAUAACUCAUUAGAGCUCCAAAUGGUGAGGUGUAGAAUGACAGCUUUAACACUGCUGAAUACCAGGUUCUACAGUAUUCUUAAAUAAAAAAAAUAAAAAAAGGGAAGUCAGCCAAAGACUGAUCUGAUGGACCAAAAUCAGAAUUUUGAAAAGCACCACUAGUAUGUUCCAAAUGAUCAGCAGGUUAAAAGUGUUCAGCAAGGUCUAGUGUAAAUCCAUUAACCCUUCGUUGUCCAGGGUCCAGACCAGAACUACUUGUUAGUUUUGAAAACAGUUAGCCCAGGAUGUGGUUGUGUGCUUUAGGAGAAGUUAGCAAUGCUGCAGGCUGUGUAGACAACCAAAGUUUCCGGUGCUGGGAAGAUACUUCUCCACAUAUCUACACAUACAUGACGCAUAUUGGAAAACUGAAAAUGAUCCGUUAGCUUUGUGGGGUUUGUGCUUUUAAUGUAGCCAUUGUACAUUUUAAUAAUGUAGCAUUUCCAUGGCUUCUAAAGAUGUGCUGAGAAGCCAUCUUAAAUGGGUUUAUUUGCUUUCAGUUCUCUGAAACAAAUUUUAGCAUCAACCCCCUGAAUGUUCAUCUGCAAGUUAUUUUAACUUGGGGCAAGAUUAGGUAUAUUUUUAAGUGGAUUUUUCCUUUUGAACAUUCUGAUGAUGAUGGCAAAUAAAUGCCAUCCAGCUGCAUGUCGGAAGUUAUCUACCAGCACACCUGCAUGAAGUGAAGGAAAGAACACAUAACCAGGCUCUGAAUGGGUUCUAUUUAUCAUGGUGCUCCCCAAAAUUCUUUGACCUCACUCUGCUUUCUAGUCUGCUUGUGACACUGGACAGUCCUUUCUUACAGAGCUAUUAUAUGUUCUAGGCUAUGAAGGGUUAAAAUAAUCCAAAAAUUAAAUGAGGUAUGUCAUACCCACACGUCUUUAUCUCUAGAAGCUGUGAUGUAUGUGAAACAGCACUGUUAUUCUUAACACUAGUGUGUAAAAUAAGGAUUAGUACAGUACGUCUCAUUCCUUUUAAUUCAGGGCACCCUGAGUGAAAACAAAUACAAAAAAAAAAUCCCUAACUGAGCUCUAUCUCUGAU